AUGCAUCAUGAAGCUCUUGAAAUCACAAAGAAGUUUAUGAACAAGCUCGUGAGGAUCUUGGUUAAGCGUGAUGAGCUUACCCUCGAAGGUUGGUCGGUUGAUAGACAAGAUGUGAAGUCGAGACCACACGAGUCUCGACUACAUAUGGAGAUAUGGAUCGGAGCACUCAUGAUAUCAUUAUGCGAGAAUUCGGAUCCGGCUCUGCUCGUGUUCUCAUCACAACCUAUCUCCCGGCUCAUGGUAUUUGUUAACGAUAUGCUCAAUGUUGGUGAUCGAAAUCAUGGGUAUACAACCUUUUGA